AUGGAUUAUAUUACAUUUAAAUUAAACGGCAAGGAACAUAAAGUUGACGGUAAAUACAGCCCGGAUAUGUCACUCAACGAGUAUAUAAGAACGGUCGCUGAUCUCAGAGGCACCAAAGUGAUGUGUCAAGAAGGAGGCUGUGGUAUUUGCAUCGUCAGCGUAAAAGCAGCUGCCCCGCCCACUUAUGAACAACGAAUAUUUUCAGUUAAUUCGUGUUUAGUGUCGAUAUUUUCUUGUCAUGGAUGGGAAGUAACUACUAUAGAAGGCAUUGGAAGUAGAAACAAAGGAUACCAUGAGAUACAGCAACGAUUAGCUAAUUUCAAUGGAAGUCAAUGUGGAUUCUGUUCUCCAGGAUGGGUGAUGAGUAUGUACAGUAUUUAUGAGUCGAAGUCCAAAAACAUGUCAAAAACUGAGAUAGAGAACUCAUUCGCAAGCAAUAUUUGCCGUUGUACUGGGUAUAGAGCUAUUGCCGAUGCGUUUAAAUCUUUUGCCAAUGACGUACAAGAAGGAAAACAAAAUGAUAUAAUUGAUUUAGAAGAUUUGGGUAAGGUCACAUGUAGAACUAGGUGUCCCAAGAAAACUGAAUCUGUAAACAAAGAUGAGCCUAGUUGGUAUAAUGAUUGGUGUUUUCUUGAAAACAUGCAAAAUGAGAAAGUUGAAAUUGACUGCAAUGGAUAUAAAUGGUAUCGAGCGCAAAGCUUGGAAUAUGUAUUCAAAGCUAUGAAUAAUGGAGAGUUCAGACUAAUAGCUGGAAAUACAGGACAAGGUGUCUACCAUGUCAUUGAAUAUCCACCGAAUCUAAUAGACAUCUCAAAUGUAAUUGAGCUUAAAGGAUAUGAACAUGAAGUUAAUUUGGUUCUGGGUGCAGGAAUGACAUUGCUGGAAAUGUCUGAUCUUUUCUACAAAGUGUCGAAAAACAAUGAAGACUUUUCUUACUUGCAACAAUUUUGGGAACAUAUUGAUUUAGUUGCGCACAUACCGGUGAAAAAUAUUGGAACAAUUGGCGGAAACUUAUUCAUAAAAUAUGCUCAUCCGGAAUUUCAAUCUGAUCUUUUUUUACUUUUUGAAUCAGUUAAUGCUAUGGUUACAAUUGGUGAAGGAGUUGGAAAAAAUAAAAUAAUGUCCUUACUAGAUUUUAUGAAAUGUGACAUGAACGGUAAAAUCAUAGUUAAUAUUAUCUUGCCCCCACUUUCAAAUUGCUGUUCUGUGAAGACGUAUAAGAUUAUGCCACGGGCUCAAAAUGCCCAUGCAAUUGUAAACUGCAGCUUUUUAUUCAAAUUCCACCAUAAUUCACAUGCAAUUGAGAAAAUAACAAUUGUGUACGGAGGAAUUUCUUCAGAUUUUACCCACGCAUUUAAAACUGAAAAAUUACUGACAGGAAAAGAUCCAUUCACAGACGAAAUAUUACAAAUGGCUUUAACAUCACUAUCAGAAGAAAUAAUUCCAGAAAAUUCGGAAACAGAACCAUCUGCCGAAUUUCGUAAGAAGUUGGCCUUGAAUCUAUUUUAUAAGGCAAUAUUGAGUCUAUGCCCAGAUGAGAAAAUAAAUCCAUACUUCCGGUCUGGUGGCAAAGUAUUUAAGAGGGGAACAUCAAAAGGAAGUCAACACUAUGACACCGAUAAAUCAGUUUGGCCAUUAAAUCAACCCGUACCAAAACUUGAAGCAAUAGCUCAAUGUAGUGGUGAAGCGAUGUAUGCAAAUGCUUUACCCAAGCAAAUCAAUGAAGUCUUUGCAUCUUUUGUCACCGCUAACGCUGUGCCAGGUAGCAUAAUAAGUGGAUUCGAUGCAAGUGAAGCAUUGAAGCUACCUGGGGUACUUGCCUUUUAUUCAUCUAAAGACAUACCGGGAUCUAAUACAUUUACUCCAAAAGGAAUUCCUUUAUUGGUUGACGAGGAAGAAAUAUUUUGUUCAGGAAAAGUUUUAUUUUAUGGACAACCAGCUGGGCUUAUUGUUGCUGAAAGAGAAAAGAUGGCUCAUAAAGCUGCAAAGCUUGUUAAAAUUCAAUAUUCAUCAGUAAACAAAACUAAGCCGAUACUCACCAUAGAUGACGCUUUGAAGUCAUCGGAUAAAAAUAGAAUUAUAAGUAGCACUAUGAUAGAACCAACUGAAAUAGGAAAUGAUGUUAAAUACGUAGUAAGUGGUGAGUUUAGGAUAUGGGAUCAAUAUCACUUCUAUAUGGAACCACAAACUUGCAUCGCUAUUCCUACUGAAGAUGGUAUGGAGGUUUACGCUUCAACCCAAUGGCUUGACCUAACAAAUGUUGCCGUUGCACAUUGCUUAAAUAUUCCGGUUAAUAGUGUCAACGUUAUAGUUUUGAAACUAGGUGGUUCUUAUGGAGGCAAAAUUACACGUGCAUCACAAAUUGCUUGUGCGGCGGCUUUAGUAACGCAUUUACAAAGGAAACCAUGUAGGCUAGUCCUCCCACUACAAACCAAUAUGCAAUCCAUUGGAAAACGAUUACCUACACAAAACGCAUACGAAGUCGGUGUUGAUAAUAAAGGUGUUAUUCAAUACUUGAAAAACGAAUAUUAUCAAGAUAAUGGACAUUCUACGAAUGAAGCUAUAGCACCUCUUACUGUCGACCAUUUCUUUAAUUGCUAUGAUACGACAAGAUGGAAAAUUAAAGCAUAUACUGUUUUGACUGAUAAACCUUCAAACACUUGGUGUCGUUCACCAGGAUCUACGGAAGGAGUCGCUAUGAUAGAGGUAAUUAUGGAAAAAAUUGCAUUCGAAACAAAAAGAGACGCUUUAGAUGUUCGCAUUGCAAAUAUGACCAAGGAGGACAACCCAAUACCGGAAAUGAUAAAACAGGUACAAAAAGAUUGUGAUUAUGAGAUGCGCGUGAAAUUCAUCCAAAAAUAUAAUGAUCAAAAUCGUUGGAGAAAACGGGUACUUAAAAUAAUUCCUAUGAAAUAUCCUUUAUGGUACUUCGGCAAUUAUAACUCUAUUGUUUCCAUUUAUCACGACGAUGGAAGUGUAGUGAUAACACAUGGUGGAAUCGAAAUGGGACAAGGCCUGAACACUAAAGUAGCUCAAGUUUGUGCUCACACUCUAGGAAUACCAUUGGAAAAAGUGAGUGUCAAAUCAUCUAGGAGCUUUACAUCUCCAAAUACAAUGGCUACUGGAGCAAGUAUUGGUAGUGAAUGCGUUUCAUACGCAACUAAAAAGGCCUGUGACAUAUUAUUAGAAAGACUUGCUCCUUUUAGAGGAAAUGGUGAUUUUACGUGGGAGGAGUUAGUUAAAGAAGCGUUUAAAGCAGAUGUUUACCUACAAGCAUCGUAUAUGUAUGCAGCAAGUAAGGAAGAGUUUAAGCCCUAUGCAGUAUAUGCUGUUUGUGUAUUUGAAUUAGAACUUGACAUAUUAACAGGCACUCACAAUAUUGUACGAGUCGACCUCAUAGAAGAUACAGGUAGAAGUCUAAGUCCUCUUAUUGACGUAACGCAGAUAGAAGGAGCUUUCAUCAUGGGUAUUGGUUAUUGGACAUCAGAAAAUUUAAUAUACGAUAGUACUACGGGUCGGUUAUUAACAGAUCGAACUUGGACAUACAAACCACCUGGGAUUAAAGACAUUCCCGAAGAUAUGCGGAUUUAUUUUCGUAAGAAUGCUCCAAAUGAGUUUGGAGUUCUUCAGUCUAAAGCGACUGGAGAACCAGCACUCUGUUUAUCAACAGUUAUAAUCCACGCACUUCGGGAUGCAGUACAUCUUGCUCGCCUAGAUGCCGGAUAUCCUGAUGAAUGGACUCAUAUUGAUAACCCGUGUACAGUGGAAAACAUAUUUACAGCUGUAGGACACAAAAUCGAACAUUUCAAACUCAAAUAA